GCCGGUACAGACUACCGAUCCCGGCAUGCCCCACGGCCCAUCACCCAAUCGCGGCGCGCUUUGUUUUGGGGGUGCAGCAGGCGCCGAGGCUCCGUUGCAAGAUGGCGGACGACAGUGAUACAGCAGCGAGGCGGCCACCGGCGAGGUGUCCGCGACCGCCGCCGGAGGAUAACGACCACGAGUACUGCAGCGACUGCGAGAACGAGGCGGAGCACGGCUCCAACCGGGGAGGCUUGAGUCCAGCAAAUGACAGUGGAGUCAAAAAGAAGAAAAAAAAACCCAGAAGGAAGAAAGAGAAAGGAGGAGAUCAGCCCAACCAGGCUCAGGACCAGCCAGUGAAGGUAAACUCUUUACCUGCUGAGAGGAUCCAGGAGAUUCAAAAAGCCAUAGAGCUCUUCUCUGUAGGUCAAGGCCCUGCCAAAACCAUGGAGGAAGCCAGCAAAAGGAGCUACCAGUUCUGGGACACACAGCCAGUGCCGAAGCUAGGAGAAGUGGUGAACACCCAUGGUCCCGUUGAGCCAGACAAAGACAAUAUCCGUCAGGAGCCAUACACUUUGCCUCAGGGCUUCACCUGGGAUGCCCUGGACCUUGGAGAUAGAGGCGUGCUGAAAGAGCUGUACACGCUGCUGAACGAGAACUACGUGGAGGACGACGACAACAUGUUCCGGUUCGAUUACUCUCCCGAAUUCCUGCUGUGGGCACUGCGUCCUCCAGGCUGGUUGCCCCAGUGGCACUGUGGAGUCAGAGUUGUCUCCAGCAAGAAGCUGGUUGGAUUUAUCAGUGCGAUUCCAGCCACCAUCCACAUCUAUGACACAGAGAAGAAGAUGGUAGAAAUAAAUUUCCUCUGUGUGCACAAAAAGCUGCGUUCGAAACGGGUGGCUCCAGUUCUGAUCAGGGAGAUCACGCGGCGGGUGCAUCUGGAGGGAAUCUUCCAGGCUGUUUACACUGCAGGAGUGGUGCUGCCAAAGCCUGUGGGGACUUGCAGGUAUUGGCACCGGUCCCUGAAUCCUCGGAAACUCAUCGAGGUCAAAUUUUCCCACCUGAGCAGGAACAUGACUAUGCAGCGUACCAUGAAGCUUUACCGGUUGCCCGAGACACCCAAGACUUCUGGAUUGCGGCCAAUGGAGCACAAAGAUAUCUCUGCAGUGCACAAGCUCUUGACCGAGUACCUGAAGCAGUUCCACCUGACACCCAUCAUGAGCCAAGAGGAGGUGGAACACUGGUUCUUACCUCAGGAGAACAUCAUUGACACCUUUGUGGUGGAGAGCACCCCAGGGGAGGUGACAGACUUCCUGAGCUUCUACACGCUGCCCUCCACCAUCAUGAACCACCCGACCCACAAGAGCCUGAAAGCUGCUUACUCUUUCUACAAUGUUCACACAAAGACACCUCUCAUCGACCUCAUGAGUGAUGCUCUCAUCCUUGCCAAGUUGAAAGGAUUUGACGUCUUCAAUGCACUGGAUCUCAUGGAAAACAAAACCUUCCUGGAGAAGCUGAAGUUUGGGAUUGGGGACGGGAACCUGCAGUAUUACCUGUACAAUUGGAAGUGUCCCAGCAUGGCACCAGAGAAGGUCGGACUGGUGUUGCAGUAGGUGAGCCCUGGCCAGGAGAGUGCAGCGCUGCCAAGGAGCCAGUCCCAGCGGCCUCAUCCUUAACGCUGGAGCCAGACCCACACCGGGAGCAGUGGCACUGACUCUGUCACCUACUGCCUGGAGUCACUGUCCGGCCAGCACCAGCCAUCUCCUUUGUGUUGAUUUAAUUGCAUCCUUGUAAAGACAUGAUCAAAGGAAUGUAACUGCUGAAACUAGCUCAUGAUUGGCAUAUAAUGGAGUUAACGGGUGAAUAAUAAAAGUAUAUAUUAUAAAUAUUUUAAA